AGUCUAUGUGUUCUUGUUUUUCUUUUUUUUGCAAAUAAGCAAUAUCACUAGUUGAUCUAUUUUAUGUGUUAAUGUAUAAGUCCCUAACCACAGACCUAUAUCUGUGUCCCUAACCUAAGACUAAAUAGAACUGCUGAAACUGUCACUAGACCUAUACACACAAAAAUGGCCCCUAAGUCAAGUUCUAAAAGAAGUUCUACUAAAAGUAUACACGUUAAAAGUGAAAGUAGAUCGGAUAGAAACUACUUUUCACUACCUCACCCUUUUUGGAUGCUGCUAAUAUCAUUUGGUCUUUGGCUUUUAGGGGCUUCAACCUUUGCUCCUCACACAAUACCGGAAUUUCUGGGCCCUAUUGGCAGAUUUGGUGUCUACAUGAGCCAGUUUCAUAACUCUCUUGUAGGAUUAUGUGUGAUUACAGUCAUUCUUCAUACUUUGGAGGCUGCAUAUGCUGGCAAAGUUUGUCAUGACAGAGAACUGACAAGUGGAGCCACUGUGAAGUGGGUGAUUUCUACAUUUUUCUUUGGGUUCUCUUCCCUGACUUUACGUCUGCUGCCUUACAAACCCGACCAGAAAAGAUUUGAGGACAAAAGAAAAAAAUGAAGGAAAUAUUUAAGUCUUUUUACUUAUACAUUUCUUUUUCUUAAAGGCUAAGACUUAGUCUAGCUCAUACUGGUCAAAGGUAAUCGACAACCUGAAUUUUAGUAAUCGCAAUAUUGGUUUCCAUUAGUAUGCAUAAUAAACAGCUCGAUGAAUAAUGCAUACGAAAUAAUUUCUUUCUUUUGAUGAAUUUUUUUUUUUUUUUUUUUAAAUUAAAAUUAUGUACCCAGAGUUUAACUAAAUCACUUUUUCUCAUUCUUCUGACCACAAAGAUUUUUUUUUCAUAAUCAUUUUCUAUUACAUGUCAUAAUGAUUUUUUGAAAAUAGUUUCAUUUGACUAAAGCUAAGCACUCAGUGAGAUAGCUAAUAAUAUUUACACAUGGGCAUUGAAAAUAAAUCAUUUUAUUUAUAUGAUCAUUAUUCAUGUAAGCGGUGGAUUAAAACUCAACAUGACCUUUCAUUGCCAACAGCCCAACAGAUUCAAUGGGAUAAGUCAAUCAGCUAAACACAAAGAAUGACAUUUUUAACUUAACUUCAGCAUCGAAGGUCACUUCUCCAUAUUUAUGUCAGAAUAAAUAUUGUGGUAAUAGAUGCAUUUUAGAUGGAUUGUGUCACUGUUUAGAACUGUUUGUUACAAGUAUUGAAUGAAGUAACAUAGAAAGUACAUGGUUAGAAAUACAAUCUUUGAUGGUACACAGUGUAGAAUUGUUCUUCUUUUCACUAUAUGAGAAAAUGAGAAACUAGUUUGAAUUUCAGGAUAAAAAUAUUUUUUUUCUCCUAUACAUAUUUACUAUGCUGUAUUUCUGAUUGCUAAAAAUGUCACUUGUUUGAGUCUGUUUCUUUAAAUGCUUUAUAAAUGUUAGUUUGUUUGCAAUAGGAUUUAUUAAGAAACAUAUAAUUUAACAACUCAACCUUACACAUGUAAUGUCAAAAGAAAAUGUAGCCUAGUCUCUUUUUCAUCAAAAGAAACAAAGUAAAAUGUUUGCCUUAAGUUUUCUAGGGGCCAUUUUUGUUGCUACUUUCUUGAGGCACCUCAUCCUGAAAACUUUUCCAGGUAAUACAACUAAUCUUCAAACUAUAAAAAUUGUAUUCAACUUGUCUAUUCAUUUUUUAAUACUAUCGAUUACUUAUUAAUAAUUAAUGUAUUGAAAGUGCAAUUAAUUAAAAUUAAAAAUUUUGAACAUAAAUCCUUUUUGUGGUCAUAAACUAUAAGAGAGCAGCUGUCUGAAUGAUGUGUGAUUGUAUUUGCUCAGAACAUAGUAGAUCUAUUUCUGUAGGAAUUCAUUUUGGUUGUUUAUGUAAACUACUUUUUAUUUGUCUGUUUAUAUAUUUUCAAUCCAUUUGAUUGUUAGUAAUAGCGUGGACAAGAUGGAGGGAGUUGAAACAUUUCUACAAUGACACAUUGGCCAUGAAUUUAUUCAAAGAGUUGAAGAGGUCCUA